AUGGCCGAACAGCCCACCAAGAAGAAACAAUGGAUUCUCAAUGGCUUCACCAUGAGCACACCCGGCCAUCUGGCCCCAGGGCUCUGGCGGCACCCACGCAACCGCAGCGCACAGUACACGGAUCUCGAGUAUUGGACAGACAUGGCCAAAGUACUUGAAUCCGGCAAGAUCCAUUCGAUAUUCAUCGCCGACGUCCUGGGUCCUUACGACGUCUACAAGGGACCCGAUAGCUUCGACCCGGGUCUUCCCGGGGUUGCGCAGAUUCCCAUGGCUGAUCCUUUCCUUCCGAUUGCCGCAAUGGCUGCCGUAACCAAGAACCUCUCCUUCGGGAUCACGGCCUCGACGACGUACGAGAACCCGCAUCUUCUUGCAAGGCGGUUCGCAACGUUGGAUCACUUGACGAAGGGUCGCGUGGCGUGGAAUGCUGUCACCAGUCACUUGGAGUCCGCCGCACGGAAUGUUGGACUCGAGACGCAGAUCGCCCAUGACGAGCGAUACAAGAUGGCGGAUGAGUACCUUAAUUUAACCUAUAAGCUGUGGGAGAGUUCAUGGAGAGACGAUGCUGUCGUCAAGGAUGCAGAGCAGUACGCUGUUCCGGGCAGGGUAAGGAGGAUUGAUCAUCGGGGGGAAUACUUCAAAUCAGCCGGGCCCCUGACAACCGAACCCUCUAUCCAACGCACCCCCUUCAUCUUCCAAGCGGGCACCAGCACGGCCGGUAAAGCCUUUGCAACGAAGCACGCCGAGUGCAUGUUCCUUGCCGGGCUUGAACCCACAGCAGUCCGCAAGUCCGUCGAGGAUAUCCGCGCCCGCGCAAUCGAGCACGGUCGCGACCCUAAUAGUAUCAAGACCAUCACUGGAAUCCUAGUUAUCGUCGACGAAACCGACGAAAAGGCGCAGGCAAAAUGGGAGGAUUACCUCCAGUAUGUUGAUCUUGAGGGCGCAGCGACGCUUUUUGGAGGCUGGACGGGGACCGAUCUUUCGAGAUUCGAUGACGAGGAGGAUUUCCGAUUCACGGGCCCUGGGGCGAUUCAAUCUCUAGUCAAUGCAUGGACCGCGACAGUGCCAGGAACAGAUGGCCUGAAAUGGACGAAGAAACGCGUUGCUCAGGAGAUUGCCAUUGGUGGUCCUCAUGCCCGCGCGAUUGGGUCUCCGAGUACCGUGGCAGAUAUCCUCGAGCGCUGGAUCGAAGAGAGUGGGAUCGACGGGUUCAAUCUGUCGUAUGCGAUUGCUCCGGCGGACUUUGAGGAUAUUGUCAAGUAUCUACUGCCGGAACUUAGGAGGAGAGGGGUCUUUUGGGACGAUUAUGUGGCUACGACGACAAGGGAGAAUUUCUUGCAGGAUGGAAAAGGACCCAGGCUGAGGGAUGAUCAUCCGGGGUCGCAGUAUAAGUGGGCAGCAGAGUGA